AUGAGUAAUUAUCAUCCUCAGUCUCAAGACAUGUAUCACGAUAACCCGUCUUCUCGAUCCCCGGGUUCGCAACGUCAUCAUCCUCACCAACAACUUCAUCGCCAGUCAUCGAGGCAAUUCGAUGCCUACGGGCCGAUAACUCCCAGCAUAUACGACGACCCAAUGACUCGGUAUGAUUCCGCUCGUUUGGAUCGCCUAAACCCAGCCCUUCAAGGGAAUUCCUAUGCAUAUGAUAUAUCUGGCUCUCAGACUUGGAAUUCAAAUGGAUUUGGAACUACGAAUACUUUGGGUGGCUUAGGCUCUGGAGCUGGAGCAAGUACAGGAAGAAUGAAGACCUCCGCACGAGGAAGGACCGGACUCCCGGCGACUUGGCUUGACCAACAACCAGGCCUUGCCGGCCCUUUCGGUUUAGGACCCAAUCCGCUCCAACCGAUGCAGAGCCGUUCAGAGAACCUCAGCCCCGAAGGAGACGACGAGCUUAUUCCCACCGCUAUUGUGAUCAAAAAUAUCCCAUUCGCGGUCAAAAAGGAGCAGUUGGUCCAAUUGAUGACAGAGAUGAAUCUCCCUCUCCCUUACGCGUUUAACUACCAUUUCGACAACGGCGUCUUCCGAGGUUUAGCGUUCGCCAAUUUCACUUCCGCGGAAGAAACAGCCACUGUAAUCGAUGUUCUUAACCAUUUCGAGUUACAGGGAAGAAAACUUCGAGUAGAAUAUAAGAAAAUGCUUCCCUUGCAAGAACGGGAGCGGAUUGAGCGUGAAAAGCGUGAGCGCAGGGGCCAGUUAGAAGAGCAACAUCGCCCAAUGCCGAACUCACAACUGAAUUCCCAGCCUUCAUUGACAUCGUUGGCAUCCCACAUUCCCGUGACUUCUCCUUCCCCGGUCUCCCAGCGUGGUGCGGAACUAAAAGUUAACAUGAAUGAACCGGAAACUCUUCAAUACUACUCUCAGCUUCUCUUGUUUAAGCAAGAUUCGAGCAAGGAAGCACUGAUCUUCCCUGCAAAGCUAUCGCCGCUACAACGCCGUACUGUUCAUACCCUCGCCCAUAAUAUGGGAUUAGGACAUGCUUCGCGAGGUACUGGUGACCAGCGCCAAGUUCACGUGUUCAGAGCAACAGACUCGAAUGUUAGCCCGCAGGGUCCGGCGAAUCCCGCUACUAUCCAAACGGGAGAUACGUCCCGCCGUGGACUCAACCGUGCUGCUACCAUUGACUUCAGCGAAGCUAGGGGCGAUGGCCCUGGUCCGUUCAACACUCUUCGUGGACAUCAUUCCAGUUUCCUUAGUGUGCUCGACUCGCCUGGUGGUUUCGGCAAUGCACAAAAUCUACGAGCGGCGAAGUCCUUUGCCGACCUACGAUCAUAUACGCCAUCUCCUGUGCCUUCUUCUGCUAGUUUUCCCGCCGCUCUCCAGUCCAAUGGGACUCGUUUGCCACCUUUCGAUGGAAGUACCAGCGCUGCGUCUAACACCCCAACCUUGACCCCGACUCCUUCUGGUUCUUCAAUGGGCAUUCAACGCGAUGAUAGUCUACUGGUAAACACUUUGGGAGGGCUUUCUCUCGGAACUGGCAUUGGUGGGCCUAACUCCGGGAGCCCUAGACGUCUUCGUGGAAUGUUCUCUUGGGAACAACAGGACUCCCAAUCCUCUGCCACUGCUCCGAUUGGGAGCAAUAGAUCGAUUGGCUUAGGUUUUGAUUCGCAAUCCUCUCAGGAGCGUAUUCCCAUGAGACAACCUCGGGGUCCUGCUCCGGAGCGGGGAUCGGGCUUUCGCCGCCAGAAUGGACAUCAGACUCGAGGAAGUGACGAGCUGAGAUCGGGCACGAACGUUGAGAUAAUUGUCGAGUAA